AUGGAACCGCCGUGCAUCCCGGAUAAUCGUCCUCACAAGAGACAUUCUGACAUGUCUUCUACGCCCACUAUUGUUGAGCCAGACGGCUUUGGCGCGCAUUUCAAACCCUCGGCCCAUAAUUCCAAUUCCUCACGUUCGCAUUCCCCAGGACAAGCGUAUGAACCGCUAGCAUUUGGCCAGCCGGCUAUUGGAAGACCGCCUAUGGGACCGCAAGAGCGCUCAAUGCCUAGAAAUACCAAUGGUACAUCUAAUGGCAUUCAUAAUGGCGAGCAUUCGUUUCGCAGGCCCUCUAUCGACCAGGAAUCAGUCGCAGAUUCAGUUGCGACCUUAGAUCUGGGCUACCACACCAUCGGCCAGCCACUACGGCGCGAAAAACACUCCUCAGCCUCAACAGGCCACCAACCAUUUGACCAGCGAUCUCUCGGCGCCCUCUCUCUGGAUCAGCAGUCUGUCGGAACCCAAUCACUAGGCCACCAUUCUAUAGGUGGGCCACCGCGUAGCUAUGUCUCAUCGCCUACUUCAUCCACCCGGGAUCUCCACUCGUCCGCCUCAAACAGGUCGCCGAAAAGCAGCUUUGUUACCAACGAACUCCCGAUUCUUCAGCAGACGAAUCCCAAUGAGGGAUCCGACCAAUUCAACCCUAUUUUUGAAGAAAAUGAGGAAGCAUCUUUUGAUUUGGUCGCUCCAUAUGAGGGCGAUGCAGCCCCACUACAUACACUGGAGCGACAAGCAGACCUAAUGUUCUGCUCGGACCAUAUGCUGGCGAUUUUGAGCAAUCCGCGCUAUCUCGCGCGCUUUCGCGAGUUCCUCGCCCAGGAGCGUCCAGGGUCAUUUUCGACCCUGACUUAUUACCUAAAUGCUUCCAAGUCUCUGAAAGCAAUUCAGUAUGCUAAUUCGCUAGUCCGUUUGGCUGUUGAUGUACCGACAUCCGGUGUUGAAACUGCAGAGCACCCCGUUGGCCCCACUGUAAAUGUGGCCCUUGAACAGCGUGUGCAGGUGGCGCUGGAUGCUUUGACGGCUGAGGAACUACCUGCUUUCAUUACUUCCACCUGUAUCAACAUCACCGGCAAGGUAGUCGAAGAGCGCGUUCGCGGAACCUUGCCCGAUAAGUUCAAAGGAACGGCAGAUGCGCUGGGUGAGGUAUUCUGUCUGACUGAUCCAUCGCGGCCAGAUAAUCCCAUUAUCUUUGCUUCUGGGGAGUUCCACCGCACUACCCAAUACGGCAUGGACUACGUCCUAGGACGAAACUGUCGAUUUUUGCAAGGGCCGAAGACCAACCCCAACAGUGUUCGACGAAUCCGAGAAGCGCUCAAAGCUGGACGACAUCACUCCGAACUUUUCCUAAACUACCGCCGCGACGGGUCACCAUUCAUGAACCUCCUCCAAAUGGCCCCGCUAUGCGACAGCCGCGGCAACAUCCGCUACUUCAUAGGCGCUCAGAUCGAUGUCUCCGGACUCGCAAUGGAAGGCGCCCAAAUGGAAUCCCUCCAAAACAUUCAAGCACAAAAGGAAAACCCAGAAACUGGCGGCCAAAUAAUCCAAGAAUCCAAGAGCGAGUUCCAAGAACUUGGCGAACUCCUCAGUCCGCGCGAGCUGCAGAACGUGCGCGAGCACGGCGGAAACCUUUUCCAACCGAUCAUCAACGAAGAUCCCAACCACCGUCUAUUCCUCCAAGACUCUGAUACCGAGAGCGAGAUCCACACCCCAUCCCAGGGGCCACAGAACACUACCCCGGGCCCGACCCCCAGUCUGUCCUUGACCGGUGUCUAUAGAAACUACCUCCUCGUCCGCCCGUAUCCAUCCCUCCGAAUCCUCUUCACAUCUCCCUCCCUGCAAAUCCCAGGCAUGCUUCAAUCCUCAUUCCUUAACCGCAUCGGCGAAACAGGCCCAAAACGCGAUAACAUUAUCAACGCCAUGAAAACCGGGCGAAGCGUCACAGCCCGUAUCAAGUGGAUGACCAAGUUCAACGACCAGGGUCGUCAUCGCUGGAUCCACUGUACACCUCUGCUGGCGAAUAACGGCCAAAUCGGUGUGUGGAUGGUUAUCGUGAUUGAUGAUGAUGACGAACAUUCGGUUCGAUGGCAGGGUAAUUGGCCGACUAAUUAUUAG